AUGGCUACCCCAAAUCCGGCCCCCAAACACUUCACCCUAACCUACCCCCAAGAAUACGUUGCGCACGUUGAAAUCAACCGCCCCGCCAAAAUGAACGCCUUCUUCGAAGAAAUGUGGCUCGAAAUGCGCACCCUCUUCGACGCCCUCUCCCACUCCCCCGAUACUAGAGCUAUUAUCCUCAGCGGCGCUGGCCCCAGAGCCUUCACAACCGGACUAGACGUCAAGGCCGCCUCAACGGGCCUUCUAAACCCCGACAGCGACGGCCUCGAUCCCGCCCGCAAAGCCGCUCACCUGCGCCGCCACAUCUCCUCCUUCCAAGACUGCAUCUCGGCCAUCGAGCGGUGCGAGAAACCCGUCAUCGUCGCCAUGCAUGGCUUUGCGCUGGGGUUGGCAGUUGACAUCGCCACCGCGGGCGAUGUCAGGCUCUGUGCGGCUGAUACAAAGUUCGCGGUGAAAGAGGUGGAUAUUGGGUUGGCGGCGGAUAUUGGGACGUUAAGUCGGUUGCCGAAGGUUGUGGGGAAUUUUGGGUGGGUGAAGGAGGUUGCGUUGAGUGCGAGGGUGUUUGGAGCGGAGGAGGCGCUGAGGGUUGGGUUUGUUAGUGGGGUUUUUGAGGGGAAGGAGGGGGUUUUGAAGGCUGCAGGGAGUAUUGCGGGGUUGAUUGCUAGUAAGAGUCCAGUCGCUGUUGGGGGGACCAAGGAGAUUUUGAAUUGGAGUCGGGAUAGGAGUGUUGAGGAUGGACUGCGAUAUACGAGUGUUUGGAAUAGUGCUGCACUGCAGACGACGGAUGUUAGUGCGGCUUUGUUGUCGGGGAUUCAGAAGAGGAAGCCUACGUUUGAGAAGUUGUGA